AUGGCGCUGCACGGAAAGCCCAUUCGCCAAGAGCUGCUUGAACAGUUGAGAGGCCAAGAGCUCCGCAUUCCAGAUCUCAGACUCAUGUUCAAACACUGGCCCAUGGAUAUCAAUUCUCAGCUCAAGAGCAUCCGUGCCUCAGUUCCAAACAGAAUAUCAAGCCUUACCGAGUCUGCCCAGAAGCAAAAGCUUUUGACCAAGAUUGACUCGGGGCUUUUUUCUUCAACAUGGUGGCCCGGAGCUACCUUGGCAGACGGAGACAUCUUGUCGUGCUUGGCUCUAUGGCUUUUCAUUUGGGAUGACGAAGUAGAUGCGGAGGUCGGAGACUUGGCGAGUGAUUUCCAAGCCGCCCAAACUUUCCGUAAAGAAACCAUCGAGUAUGUCCGCCAUUGUCUCGGGCUUGAUGAGGGUGAUUGCGUCACUCGAGAACCUCCAGAGAGUAGGAUCAUUGCAUUCUUCAAGGUAAUUGGCGAUGCAUCAUGUCAAGCCUACGGCUUAGGUAUGUACUUCACUGGCCACUAUGAUUUAAUACAUGACUCAAAUAAGAGGUAUCUAGAACACCGAGAAUUGUUGUUCAGAGAGCUUGAAUUCUUCAUGAAAACGUCCAAAGUAGAACAGAAGCGUAGACUGAGCCCUGAUCUGCCUUCAUUAGAGGAGUAUGUUGAGACAAGAAUGGGAACGAGCGCUGUCAAUGUCACCAGCUUCUUUAACGAGUACGCGUACAGAGUGCCGCUCCCAAUCAAGAUGCUCGCCGAUCCUUACAUGAAAGUCAUAUGGGACAAGACGAACAUCAUAAUAUGGGCCACGAACGAUCUGUUGUCCCUCAAGAAAGAAGUGGGUCAACAAACAGUAGACAGCAUUGUUCCACUCUUGUUUCGCCAGUUCGGCAGCUUGGACUUGGCCGUCUCGAUGGUCGUGGAGACGAUUGAGAAGGCCGUUGAGGACUUUGACUACGCUGCUUACAUCCUUACUGAACGAUACUCUGGCGACGAAUCUCUGAUUGGCAAUCUCAAGACGUACAUCAACGCAUGCAGACUCAACUGUACAGGCAAUCUGAACUGGAGUCUUCAAACCGGUCGGUACGGCGUAUCUAAGCACACAAUUGCAGGUGGUGUCAUGAUGCGUCUGGAAUAG